CCCGUGGAGACGCUGUGCAAGGGCUUUCCCGCGGAGUUCGCCGCGUACCUCAACUACACCCGAAGCUUGCGCUUCGAGGACAAGCCGGACUACAGCUACCUGAAACGGCUCUUCCGAGAGCUCUUCAUUAGGGAGGGGUACCACGUGGACUACGUGUUUGACUGGACGCUGAAGCGCAUCCACGAGAACCUGAAGGCGGAGGGGUCCGGCCAGCAGGAACAAAAACAGCAGCAGCAGCAACAACGAGAGCGGGGGGAUGUAGAGCAGGCGUAG